GCAAGGAAACUCAGCACAACCCCAACGCGCUAUCACACCCCGUCCUCCUCCGUCAACGAAACCGAAAUCUCCCACUUCUCCGCCCUGGCCUCAUCCUGGUGGGACCCCCAUGGCCCGUCGAAGCCCCUCCACCUCAUGAACCCGCUCCGACACGACUUCAUCCAGACCUGCCUCUCUUCUUCUACCAUCAACCAUCCUCCGAAAAGAACCAACCUGCGCUACCUCGACGUAGGCUGCGGAGGCGGCAUCUUCGCCGAGUCCGCCGCCCGCCUGCCCUCCACACUCUCAGUGACCGCCAUCGACCCGUCCCCGAUCAUCCUCGCCGUGGCGCGCGCCCACGCCCGGCGGGAUCCGUCACUGCGUGACAAGCUGGUCUAUCUGAACGAGACGAUCGAGUCGCUGAAGCUGCCGGAAGCGCCAGAGGAUAGGUACGACAUUGUCAGCCUGUUUGAGGUCGUCGAGCACGUCGACUAUCCCGCCGCCUUCCUCGACCGGGUGGGCCAGUUCGUCAAGCCGGGCGGGUGGCUUGUGCUCAGCACGAUUGCGCGGACGUGGACGAGCUGGGUGACGACGAACCUGGUGGCGGAGGAUAUUCUCCGGGUGGUCCCCAAGGGGACGCAUGACUGGGCCAAGUAUGUGAAUGAGGGGGAGCUGAGGGAGAAUUUCGCCCGGAAGGGUGGGCAGUGGGGGACGCCGACGGUGAGGGGGGUGGUGUAUGUGCCGGGGCUGGGGUGGAAGGAGGUAAGGGGGAGCGAGAAGGUGGGGAAUUAUUUCUUUGGAGUGCAGAGGGUU